UAUCCUGCCUGCUCUCUCUCAUCCUAUUACCAGCACAAUCCAUCAGCCACUCUUUGUCUCAGCUAGGGAGAGAAGGCAGAGAGUCAAGGGUUUGCUGAAGAAAGCUGAAUUUUCAGAAGAAGGGUACAUCUAUCUUGGAAGAAGGCCUGGACGAUUGGCACUGUAAUUAUUUCUGUUAAUAACUCUUGACUUUUAUUAUUAUUUUUCUCACUUUCUUUUUGGAAAGGUCUUAGUCACUAGUAUAGACCAUGCAGACCACCUGGAUCCUGCUGCUUGCCUCUCUGGGUCUCUCUACCCUGGCUGGUGCUGAGAAAGGCCUCGAAUUCCCACGUUAUGAUGGCAAAGACCGUGUCUUGGACAUAGAUGACAAGAACUACCGCAAAUCCCUGAAGAAAUACGACAUGCUCUGCCUGUUCUACCACGCUCCUCCGCCAACUGCAAAAGAGCUGCAGAAACAGUUACAAAUGACAGAACUAGUGCUAGAGUUAGCUGCUCAAGUCUUGGAGGAAAAGAAUAUUGGCUUUGGAAUGGUUGACUCCCAAAAAGAUGCUAAAGUUGCCAAGAAACUAGGUUUACAUGAGGAGGGCAGCGUCUAUGUCUUUAAGGAGGACCGUGUGAUUGAAUAUGAUGGACUGCUCUCUGCAGACACUCUUGUGGAAUUCAUUCUUGAUCUGUUGGAAGAUCCAGUUGAGAUAAUUGACAAUACUCUGGAGUUGCGAGCUUUUGACCGUAUGGAAGAAGACAUUAAACUCAUUGGCUUCUUCAAAAGUCGGGAGUCUGAACAUUAUCUUGCUUUCCAAGAGGCAGCCGAACAGUUUCAGCCUUUUAUCAAAUUUUUUGCCACUUUUGAGAAAUCUGUGGCAAAAGAGCUGACUCUGAAGAUGAAUGAAGUAGAUUUCUAUGAGCCCUUCAUGGAGGAACCAGUCACCAUUCCAGACAAACCCAACUCAGAGGAAGAGCUGGUGGCCUUCAUAACUGAACACAGGAGACCAACUCUAAGAAAGCUCAGGGCAGAGGACAUGUUUGAGAUCUGGGAGGAUGAUUUGAAUGGAAUUCACAUUGUAGCCUUUGCAGAAGAGGAGGACCCUGAUGGUUUUGAAUUCUUGGAGAUUUUGAAGGAGGUGGCCAGAGACAACACACACAAUCCAGACCUGAGUAUUGUGUGGAUCGACCCAGACAACUUCCCAUUGCUCAUUCCAUACUGGGAGAAGACCUUCAAGAUUGACCUCUUUAGACCACAGAUUGGCAUAGUAAAUGUUACAGAUGCGGACAGUGUCUGGUUGGACAUACCUGAUGAUGAUGAGCUGCCGUCACCUGAAGAGCUGGAAAACUGGAUAGAAGAUGUGCUCUCUGGAACAAUCAACACAGAGGAUGAUGAUGAUGAUGAUGAUGAUGAUGACGGCAACGACGAUGACGACGACGAUGACAAUGAUGAUGACGAUGAUGACGACGAUGAUGACGACGACGAUGAUGACGAUGAAGAAUGAUUCAUAUACUGUGAACCUCAAACAAAUCUGCUGAGAUAACAAUUUUAUGUCUUUUACAGUAAAAUCAUUUUGUACAUUUUGUACAUCAGUGGCUAAACUGCAGUGUUCUUAAUGUUAAAUUGAAAUUAUACAAGUAAAAAUGUCUCUUAUUUAUAGAUGAAAAUCAUUUAAUCAGCUCUAAACUGGAAAUUGAUAAAGGGAUUCAAAUAAAAAUUAAGAAAGUGCAUUCUUAUUUAAAUAAAUAAGGCCUUAUGGGCUUUCUUAUUUAUACAAUUUGUCACAAAUCUGCUACAAAAUAUAAAACUAAAUUUGGAUUGUGAAUUUAUCAAUGAUCAAUGAACACUGACAGAUACUGCAGCUGCUCAAACACUAUCACACACACUCAACAACAGACACUCAUACAACAAAUAUAAAGAGAUUCUCUCAGAAAGCUUUCUUUAGAUAAUAAAUAUAUUUUAGAUAUAAAUGAAUAAAAAAUAUAUAAAUUUUAACAAAUUUAGCUGUAAACAGAAGUUAGGUUGUGCAUGUUCAUCACCUGUCAAUCAUAACUGCUUACUUCACUCCAGUGAGAAUAUUCUUCUAGCAUCACUCCAUCUCCACCUUUACCCAGCAGGCACAGGAUGUAGACUCCGACACCGAUCAGACAUUGGAUUUUGGUUGAAAACGAAAAUCGGGUUGACGUCUUAACCCAACGUUUGUUUGAUGAAUUUGAAUUUUGGUUGACACCAAAAAAAAAAAAAAAAAAGGAAAAAAACUGUGAAAUCCAUGGUAGCUAUUUCUGUCAGAUAUCUAAAGAAGUUCUUAUUGAGAAUUAACAGAGGUUUAGAUGAUGAUGAUUUUCUGUUGAAAAUGUUUAGUUUGAAGUCACCAUCAUUGUGAUGCUUGUUUUAGUUUUGCAGUUUUACUCUUGACUAAGGGGCUUUCUACUUGCUGCUGUUUUCAACUAAAAGCUGAAUGUGUUUUGGCCAUUAAUUUAGAUGAUGAUGAUGAUGAUGAUGGUGUUUUGGUGGCCUGAAAAUGGAAACUUUUGAAAAUUAUAUCCUUAUCAUCUCCAUGUAAGCUGCAGAAAUGCGAAUCUGUGAAAAUGAUGACGGCGUGCACGUGUAUUACGUGUUUAGUCUAUCUACCUUAUUUUUCAAAGCGGAAAUAAGGUGUUUUCUGUGAAUGUGCGAGACUUCCAAUUUAUUAACCGCUAUAGAAUAUAAGAACAUCAAAGUCCAGUAAACUGUAAAAAUAAGGUGGAUAGGCAUGCGUGAGGCGAGUGCUCUGUAAAAGAAUGCAUAUGUGCAGACGCGUAGUCUUUCUUUACAAAGUGACAUCGCCAACUACUUGUCUGGCAUGCAUAAUACAGCGUUUUUAGUCAUUUGCGCGGAUCCGUGUGAACGGGGAUAGUUUUAGCUGUGGCAAAAAUAGCAAGGGAAAUGUGGUCAGGUGAUGUUGACAACUUGAUGAUGAAGAGGUUGUCAUCAUCUAGUGGUCUAAUCUUUGAUCAUGUAGACAGUAAUACAGUUAAUUUCAACUUAAUAAUAUUCUGUUAUAUGAUGCAAUGCAGCAUGUCACCAUUGAGAUUUAUAUUUUGGUGUAUGAGUUUAUAAUUACAGCCUUGCUAUAAUAAUUAAAAACUAUAUAAUUUGAA